AUGGGAAACUUCACCAUUGUCAACGGGCAACUGUAUACACCAGGUCUGGCCAUUGUGGAUGCACCACAACCAUCCACCCCCCUAGGAGGAGGCAAGUCAACCUUCAACCUUCCAAAACUUCCACUGACAGAACCAGCCAACCUUCAAGUCGCGAUCGACGUGUCUGGAAAUGGUGCUCUUCCUUGGCCACCCUCCACUCAAUCUGCAAACUCACCCACACUCUUCCAUAACAUCACACUAUUCCUAACAUCCGAGUCGAAAUCUCAAAAUUUCACCAUCUCAAAUGGUACCGUCCCAGCUACCAACACAACAGGCUUUGUUGGUCCAGUCUUAGAUCUGGAACCAUCAUCGACUGUCAAACAUGUGAACUGGAUUUGGCCUGAAUGUUUGGUGGGCACGAAUGACGGGAUAUACAACAUUUCGAUGCAUCAGUCUUUUCGGUGGAAUGUCCGGAGUCGAAUUCUCCGCCUAUUCCUACUCAUAUUCUUCGUCUGGAAUAUCAUCGAACUCCACCUAAUCCUCCGACGCGUAUCCGAAGUCGAUGUCCAUCGCGACCAGCCGCGCAGGAGAGAACGGAUCUACAUUGCCAGCGUCAAUUGGAACAAUGAAAUCAUUUUGCGCAAUCAUUGGAGCCAGGCUCUACUGGAGCUCGCCUUGAAACUUGGUCCGGAAAAUAUAUUUAUUAGCAUCUAUGAGAGUGGCAGCUAUGACAAUACCAAGGGAGCGUUGAUGGAGCUGGAUCUCGAAUUGGAACGCCUCGGUGUACCGCGCUCAAUCACUUUAUCGCAUAUUACCCAUGAGGAUGAGAUGGCCGGGACGCCGGGGGAGGGUUGGAUUCGGUCACCACGAGGGGAGAUGGAAUUGCGGCGCAUUCCUUAUUUGUCGCGCACGAGGAACAUGAGUCUUCAACCAUUGGAAGAGUUGGCAAAACAAGGUAUCACAUUUGAUAAAAUCUUGUUUCUCAAUGAUGUGGUGUUUACUCCAAACGAUGUGUUCGAAUUACUAGAUACCAACGAUGGCAGCUACGCCGCAGCUUGCUCAAUGGACUUUGCCAAACCUCCCAACUAUUACGAUACAUUUGCGCUCCGCGACGCCAGCGGUCACGAAGCCAUGAUGACGACAUGGCCAUUCUUCCGCAAUGCUGCAUCUCGAAAUGCCAUGAAAAACCUAUCUCCAGUUCCUGUUCAAAGCUGCUGGAAUGGCAUGGUCGCAAUGCCCGCCGCUCCCUUCACUGCCAACCCUCCUCUACGCUUCCGCGGAAUCCCAGACUCUCUCGCUUCCUCACAUCUAGAAGGCUCCGAAUGCUGCCUUAUUCACGCCGAUAACCCGCUAUCUAUACCAGAUGGUGUUUUUAUGAACCCCCUCGUCAGGGUUGGAUACAGUGGACCAGCUUAUGUAGCUGUGAACCCCAUUGGGGAAUGGCUCUCGACAUGGAGGAUUUUCCAGGGACUUUGGGUAAAUAGGCUGCGCAGGUGGACUACAACUACUUGGUUGAAAGAUAAGGUGGUGCGACAUCGUAUCGAUCGCUGGGCGUCUUUGGGUCACGAGAACCGGGAGCCAGGGGAAUUUUGUAUCAUAAAUGAAAUGCAGGUUUUGCAUCCUCAGGGAUGGGGUCACUUGUGA